CUCGGGAGGUGUGUCCGGUGAGCUCCUUGAGCUUGACCAUGCUGGGGUACUUCCACAGGCAGAGCUGGUUCUCCGAAAAGCCGUGGGAGGAAAGCAGCUCCUUCUCGUGCUUGCUCCAGAGCAAGGAGCAAACCUGGGAGCCCGUGUCGAUCGAGUUGAGGAGGGCGCCGUUCGCGCCGUUCCAAAACUUGAUGCAUCGGUCCGCAGUCCCGCCCCCUGUUGCCAAAAUAUUUCGCUCAAAAGGGCACCAAGCCAGGGCUUUGACAGCCGCCUGGUGCUCCGCGAGUC